AUGGCAACGGUGCCGGGAAAUCAAAUGGUAAGUGGAGAUCAUAGAAAAGCUGCAAAAACUGGAUACACUGGGUCAGUUGAUUCUGAAAACGAGACUGCUUUGCUGGAGUCAAAGACUGCUAAGGAGACAAUCGACAUAAAGGAAGCUAAGCGAGUGGAUCAUAUUCUUGCAUCCUUGCAACGCAAGUUACCACCGGCUCCUCCUCCACCACCAUUUCCAGAAGGGUAUGUUUCACCUCUAACAGCAGAAACUGAGAAAGGCACUGAAACUCAGGAAGCAGCAGAAACGCAAGCUCCUACUGCUGAUCCCAUAAUUGAUCAAGGACCAGCAAAAAGAAUGAAAUUUGGAUAUAAAAGACAUACUGCAAUGGCUAUUAAUACUUAUACAGGUGGAGGAUAA